AUGUCACAACGGAUGACAUCAGACAAGAGAAUACCUAGGAGCGCGUGCGUGAGGCAUUUAGAAUUUGCACGCCAUAAAGAAACUGGUAACGACUGGUGUUUUGGUUCGAAUGUUGACAAGAAAAAAGUUAAUUUUCCUGUUACACUCCUAUCACCCUCGAAGCAAGGUGUAAUACCAACAUCCAGAAUGUCGCGAGAAGCAAAAGUCUAUCGUUCUUUUUUGAGAGGAGAAGAAAUUAAUAGAGAAAGUGAAAUUUCAAGUGGAAAGGAACAGACAUACCACUUAGGAAAAACAGUACAGUCUAAAAGUGAAGAGCGAAUGAUAAAAGCUUCAGAAGGGAACGUCAAUUCUCGAUGCAAACAAAGUGCGGCAGUGAAGCGUUAUGCUCUUUACAGAGGAAUGCUAAAUCAGUAAGUUCUGUAAGUUGCACGUAGAGUUGUUCUGACUUUAGGUUGUAAAUAACUUGCGUGGCAGGCUUUUGAAAGGAAAGAGAAAGUGGAUUCCGGCCGCGCGAGAAGCGAGAAAGGCGCACGACGGGGAGUUCCCCUUCUCUCUUAUUCCUCGAGCGCGGUCUCGCGACCAAAUUUCCCUCCCUUUCGACGCCUGACACGCAGGCUAGGUUGAAAAGAAAUAAUUCUCCAGCCAGUUGUAAGCAAUGUGAUAACCGGCAGCAAAUGUAGUUGCCGGUAUGCGGCCAUAUGCAGUACUGGAACGCUCUCGACAACAAGACACAAAUUGUUAGCAUAAAGCCUUACUUUUGAUUGAUGAAAUUUGAGGGGAGAGAGAGCCUCGUUGCUAAUUUUAAUGGAAAAAUCCUUGGGAACUAGACUGAGUGAUCGACUUUGUUUCCAGAGUCUUUCAUUCCUCAUCUUGAGGCAACGGAGACAGACUACGAUAAGAAAGCUGUUGGGGAGGAGAGGGCCGGUGGGGCGGGGAGGGGGGCUAAUAGGCCACAAGCCAUGCAAUCUAGGCAUGCGCAAGCUAUUGCGACUCAACGUAUUGUGAGGCUCUUUGACUGAAGCACGAUUACGACGACAUUGAGUACAAGUUCGAUAUUCACACGCGGCAAGUUCACGUGCUUUAGAUUAAAAACUUAGAAAGACUGAGGGUUAUCCGAGAAAAUCUUACUUCUUCAAAUUCGAAAGUCGACCUCGUUUGGUUAUAAUCUCAUCAACGAAUUCGACGUCAAUUUCGCCAAGCUGAUCAAUGCUACUGUUUGUAACCAGGGUCCAUAACUUACUCCCAUGAUGCUCGAUCUCCUGUUGUAAUCCGGGCUCUAUCUGAAUGCUAUCAGUAAAAGAGCUUGAUAUAAGACCAGUUUCGAUAUAUACAUAUUCAGAUUCAUACUUGGCUCCAAGGUUUAGGGGAAUAAAACAAAAGAAAUUCACCUUCAAGGCUUAGCAAUGGAUAACACAUUUCUUUUGAUUCUGAUUCCCCUAAUCCUUGGAGCCAAAUAUAGAAUAGCCGAUUAUUCAUGGUCUAUUUCAUUUAUGAUGAGCAAACCUGAAAGACAAAGUAAGCUCGUGGAAGUUCAACAGAAAAUCAUGGUUGACAGUUUAAAACAUCUUUUCGAAGCAACUUAGAUUCACCGUGUGGAUAAGGCCUGUCUGGGCUUGUUAAAGUCACUCUUUAUGUAAAAUUUUGUUCUCUUUGUUUUUUGUUUGUUUGUCGUAGAUCUAGAUCAAGAUUUCAAGAGGACCACGAAACAAAGAAGGACAUUGGAAAUAAGAACAAAGUAUUGUACAACAGAAAGAAAAAAAGGAAUAAUAUGACCGACGUAGAUACUUCAAAAAAUGAGAGCCACAGCAGUUAUGAAGUAAGGUCACCUGAAAAUGAGAGCCCGGAAAGUAGCAUGCGGGAAACGAUAAAUUCGAGAAAGAAGUGCGACGUUUUACUUGGAUCACAGGUGACAAACUAAGCUACUUACCUUCAACUAUGUGACAGGAAAAAAACACUUCCGUAUUCAGGACGUGCAAAAAACCAUUUUACAGUUGUUUAAAAUUGUUUGCUUAGCGCCUUGGCCUAUCAUGCGCCCCAUAUUCUUUAUACGCGUACGGCGCACGCUCCUCGACAUAGUGAAAUCGUGCCCUGGCAAAACCUUUGUCGUUCCCAGAGAUUCAGUCCUUUUGGACGCUGAUCAAAAGGAUCGAAUCUCCGAGAACGAGAAUGUGGCAACACCGGAGCCCGCGAAAAAGGUGUAAUUGACGCCGUAAGAAUUGGGUCAUGCAGUUUUAGUAAAUUGGCCAUAAAAGAUCACAAUCAGAUUUGAAAACAAGGUGACAAAGUAUAAAAGGAUUAAAUUAACUGUAAAAACCGUGAACGAAGAUCCUGCUAGUUUAAACGUUGGAUCUCUAGAAAAGAGAUCUAAUCAGCCAAAAUAUAAAGAACCAAAAAGGAGAAGUCCAAAGACUACUGCAAAGCUGAUUCAGAAUUGAACAACGUGUAUUGUUUUUUCAAAACAAUACUUCGGCUGGCCAUACCAGCCUUCUUCACAGAUGUUACUGAACUUAUGUAAGAAUCACAAUAUUAUAUGGAUGGAGAAUGUCGCAAUAAAAAUUGUUUUAAAAGGAAGAGGCGGAAAUGACCUACAAAACAAAAGCAAGAAAGAAAAAAAAUAAUAGGGGUAUGGAUUACAAUAAUUCGUCACGGCGGUUUAGGCCAUGACGUUCAAGAGUCAUGGCCUUAUCUAUCAAAUGCGACCCCAAUGCGACUGCCUGACCUUAAGAACUGAGUCACGUGAAGAAUGAACUUUCUCUAGUAGGAUUAAGUGCAUGUCAGUAUGAGAAUGGUUAGAGUGAGAGAGAAAGUGUUCAGAAACAGUAAUGGGUUCAGAUUUAAUGUUCGUUUUGUCGACUGCACGUCUGUGUUUGUUAAAUCUGUCCUUGAACAGUUUCUACGCGCUGUCAAUAUUUCUCGUACUAACGCGUUACAGACUAAACCUAAAGAUUCUAACGAUGUUGUACCAUUUGUUGUCGCAUAUAACACAGCACUUCCAGGCAUUUCUAAUAUCCUACGCAAACAUUUUAACAUCUUACACUCCUCUAGCCGUAGCAAAGACAUCUUUAAGCAAACGCCUUUUGUUGCUUACAGACGUAACGCCAUAUUCUUCGUGACCCUUUAGUUAAAGCACAAUUACCCGUUAUCUCCAAGAAUCAUUUUCCGCCAGGCUUCUUCCGCUGUGGACAAAAUUGUGCUGACUUGUCCAUACAUUACUAACGGUCUCACAACUUACACCUUUUACGCUACGGGUGAAACACGCUCCAUCACUUCACAAAUUACUUGUAACACUAAAAACGUGAUCUACGUCUUUCAAUGUAACCGUUAUAGUUUACAAUAUAUAGGUGAAACUAAGCGCCGGAAACUAAGCGACGUCUAAAGGACAGAUCUAACGAACACAGACGUGCAGUCGAAAAAACGAACAUUUUAAAAUCUAAACCCACUACUGUUCAGGCUGAAAACUUUCUCUCUCACUCUAACCAUUCUCAUCCUGACAUGCAGUUAAUCCCACUAGAGAAAAUUUAUUCUUCACGUGACUCAGUUCGUAAGGCCCGGGACGCAUUUGAUAGAUAAGGCCAUGAUUCUUGAACCUCAUGGCCUAAACCGCCGUGACGAAUUAUUGUAAUCUAUAUCCUUAUUGUUUUUCCUUUCUAGUUUUUGUGUUGUACGUCAUUUCCGCUUCUGCCUUUUCUGCCUUUCCGCUUUUCUGCCGUUCAGUAACAUCUGUAAACCUGAAGAAGGCUGGUAUGACCAGCCGAAAUAUUGUUAUGAAAAAACAAUACACGUUGUUCUGAAUAAACUUUGCGGUAGUCUUUGGACUUCUCGUUCUGACAAAGUAUAGCCUUUCAUGUCAGAAAACAUAAUUAUUGGAGGGAAGAGAAAAAAGCUCCAGUUGAAAUUUGUGUACUACACUUUCAUUGCAACGGAAUGUUAUCAUGAUAUUGCCACGAAGAGGAAAUUUGUCAAUUUUUUCUUGCGGAUAUCCUAACAAAAGUCUGACUUAAGAUUCAGGUUAGCCUGUGUAUAGACGUCCCCCCUCCCUCAGAAAAAUAAUCUCUUCUCCCGAUUUUUUUUUUUCUGAGGGAGGGGGGACGUCUGUACACAGGCUAGAUUCAGAUGUGACCUCUCUCCUCCUUAUGCAGAGGCUCCCGCUGAGAUGUGACGGCAUUUCAAAUUCAAUUACCAAUUAAAUAGUACUUCAAAUAAAACUAUUCUUAAAACAACCAAACAAUCUAUUUGUGUUUCAGGGUCCAAAACGUAUCUACAUCCGGGAGAUUUCAAAUGGUGCAUAUGUAGACGAAAUCGUAGAUGUUAAGGACGAGAGGGAAUGGGAACUACUUAACUAUAUGGCCCCGUUACGUCACAUUUCUUCGCAGCCAGAAGAGACUUCC